CCAGGACAGCCAGCACUCAGUUCCACAGGAGCCACAACGCACACUGGGAAACAUGGGUCUGAAGCUGCUUGAGUCCAGACUUUGUCUCCUUCUGCUGGGACUUGUCCUAAUGCUUGCCUCAUGCCAGCCACCAACCCGUUCCCAGUGGUUUGCCAUCCAGCACAUCUAUAAUAGCUCCUACCCCCAAUGUAAUGCUGCCAUGCUGCGUGUUAACAAUUAUACAGGAAGAUGUAAGGACAUAAAUACUUUUCUUCAUACAAGUUUUGCUAGUGUUGUUGAUGUGUGUGGUAAUCCCCAUAUAACCUGUAAAGAUGGGAGAAGUACAAAUUGUCAUAACAGUUCCUCUCAGGUAUCUGUAACUUUCUGUAACCUCACAACUCCGGCAAGGAUUUAUACCCAAUGCAGAUACCAAACUACAGGAUCAGUGAAGUUCUACAGAGUUGCCUGUAACAAUAGAACUUCACAGGAAAGUCCCAUGUAUCCAGUGGUUCCUGUUCACCUGGAUGAGAUAUUUUAGUUCAAUGCCAGCACUUUGUACCUUAGCUCAUCUGCUACUGCCAAGAUCACAGUAGUGAAGAACUAGUUCCUCUGUCUGCACUGCCUAACCAGAUCUUUUCUAACCAAUAAACACCUUUGCAUACGCAUCUA